AUGAACACGGCGGCCAACUUUCUGUCUCGGUUUGCAGUGCCCCUGGGUGUCAGUGCUCUGGCCAUUCAGGCUAGUAUGUACGAUGUCCCUGGUGGUUACCGCGCCGUCAUGUUCGACCGCUUCACCGGUGUGAAGGACCGCGCUACCAACGAGGGCACGCAUUUCCUCGUCCCGUGGCUCCAGCGCGCGAUCCUGUACGAUGUUCGGAUCAAGCCCCGCACGAUCUCCACGACCACGGGCUCCAAGGACCUGCAGAUGGUCACCCUCUCCCUGCGUGUCCUGUCGCGCCCUGACGUCGCUCACCUCCCGAAGAUCUACCAGUCGCUGGGCCUCGACUACGACGAGCGUGUGCUGCCCUCUAUCGGUAACGAAGUGCUCAAGGCGACCGUCGCGCAGUUUGAUGCGGCGGAGCUGAUCACCCAGCGUGAGGUCGUUAGCGCGCGCAUUCGUGAAGACUUGCUGAACCGCGCGCGCGAGUUUAACAUUGUCCUGGAGGAUGUCUCGAUCACACACCUGACGUUCGGUCAGGAAUUCACCAAGGCCGUCGAGCAGAAGCAGAUCGCCCAGCAGGAUGCUGAGCGUGCCAAGUUUGUCGUUGAAAAGGCCGAGCAGGAGCGCCAGGCCUCGGUUAUCCGCGCCGAGGGUGAGGCCGAGGGUGCUGCGCUGAUUACCCGCGCUCUCGAUAAGGCCGGCGAUGGCCUCCUUACCGUGCGGCGCAUCGAGGCCUCGCAGCAGAUUGCCAAGACGCUCAGCGGUGCAAGGAACGUGUCAUACCUGCCCUCGAGCGGCAAUAUCCUGUACGUAUUGCGCACACUAACAUGCAGUCUGGGCGUGAACCCGUCGUCGUAA